AUGCGGAUCAACACUCCCGGAAUCCAGGGUAUCCUGGGUGGUCAGGCAGGUGCUAACAUUGGUCGCUUGCCCAACGGACGCGACGAAGGCGUCGAGGUUGAUUGGGGAAUGUACAACCACUGUCUUCACGUGUCUACCAAGUCCGAGUCGCUAGUUUGCUCGGACCGCAAAUUUGGGCAGCGGUUCAACCCUGCCGAUGGUCUUAAGCUUGUGGCGGGUAUCACUUCGGUGCCUGCUAGUGACUUGGUUGACAAGGUGCCCAUCAUUAAUCAGUGGGAUAAACUCAGCAAAGGUGGCAUGUACUGUCUCUUUUUGGGCACCAUCUUCACUGGCCUUGCAUUCCUCAUCGCCUGCUUCUUUGCACGACCAUUCACUAUUAUUGCGGCUGUGCUCACUUUCUUAGGGUUUGCGUUGCUCCUUUCUGGUGCCUCUAUUUGGACCUUUAUGAUCCGCAAACUCAUCAAGGACGAAAUGCCACCCUUUGAGUACAAAUAUGGCAACUCGCUUUGGUUUAUGUGUAUUGCCAGCGUCGCGUCGCGUCGCAAAUACGAGGAAGAGUACUAA